GCAGGUGCGAAUGCGAAUUGCAACAUUAAAGAGGCUACAACGGGAAACUGAAACAUUCAUCGGCUUCUCCUCCAUUUCCACAACCAUGGAUACUGAUAUUAUUGCGCCCACUAACCCUCGAAGACAUAACCGCUAAUUAGAUCCCAAGAGUUCGAGAGAACUUGGGGUGGAACCUGCUUGGAGUCCCGUGCCUGUUCCAGCGAGUCGUUAUCUCAUGGCGAUUAUUUGUUUUCCUUACUAAUAAGUCCUCCAUCGACAAGUGGGAUGUAUUUCAUACUGGGCGGGGCUCUGAGGCCAUGAGGCUGAGAGGAGGCAGGGACCUGGAGCAUCCCCCCGUUGCCUGGUUACCCACCGGUGUCCUGGGCGUGCGGAGCGUCCGGCUCAGGCUGCGGCUGGAUCGCCGUGACGACCAAGGGCGCGGCUGUUGGCACCUGGUCGACCUGGAGAGCGAGGCGGAGAGCGAGCCCAUUGGGCGGCGACUGCGGGACAGAGCCCCGCCCACCUGCUCCAACAGUCUGAUGAGUAUCCAGUCUGAGGCUUCAGAGAUGCAGUCCCCUCUCAUGGCCCCCGCCUUUGUGGGGGGCCCCAGUGGAAAGGUACCAGGGCGGAAAAGGGGUCGCCCCCCCAUACGCAAGCUGGAGUUCCAGAGCCACUACCCAGAGCCCCUCUUAUCCCCCAAAGUGCCCAAGAAGAGAGGCAGGAAGCCUGGCUUUAAGCUGAAACCGCGGAUGGUGAUGACAUCGUUGGCCAACUCUCCGACCAGCAGCACGCCAGAGCCAGACAUGAGCUCCAUCCCCCAGGACGCUGCUACCGUCCCCCACUCUGCUACGCCACAGGUCCUCACAGGUCCUCACAGGUACACACCUACUGUCCCCCACUCUGCCUCCCCACAGGUCCUCACAGGUACACACCUACUGUCCCCCACUCUGCCUCCCCACAAGUCCUCACAGGUACACACCCACUGUCCCCCACUCUGCUACGCCACAGGUCCUCACAGGUACACACCUACUGUCCCCCACUCUGCCUCCCCACAGGUCCUCACAGGUCCUCACAGGUACACACCUACUGUCCCCCACUCUGCUACGCCACAGGUCCUCACAGGGUCAGCCAAUCUAACAUCUGCUAAAUGUGCUCUCAAAGGCUGCCACCAUCCAUUUAUUUCUCCCUUAUUGACUUUUCAUUUAUUGGAAGCAUUGGUACACACACCAACAGAGCAAGCAGAGACCUCGAUGCCCGAGGACUUCCUGUGCGAUCCGGUGGACUCCAAACGCUAUGCGGUCGACCCCAGCGACUCUGCCUUUAGCGUCAUGACAACACCCUUUCCACCCAAGCACACCUAUGGUUACCGUGGCAGCAGUGGAGGCUCUGCCCCUCUGGGCAUGUGCAGACAAGCGUCCAGCCCCGCCUACAACCCAUCCCAGGAGGCAGGGGAGGGCAAGCGGCCCCCCAGCAAGGACCCCUCCAGCUGGGGCGUGGAUCAGGUGGUGUGGUUCAUCAAGGAUGCAGACCCCCAGGCUCUGGGGCCCCACGCUGAGGCCUUCAGGAAACACGAGAUUGAUGGCCAUGCCUUGCUGCUGCUGAAGAGUGACAUGAUGAUGAAGUACCUUGGGCUGAAGCUGGGUCCGGCCCUCAAGCUGUCCUACCACAUCGACAGGCUCAGACAGAACCGGUUCUGACCCGCACAGGUCCGGUUGCUGCUCCUGUUCCUUAUUGACAGGCUCAAUCAAAAAUCCCCUUUGAUCUAAAUGAUGGCAGCCACUUCGAACUAUGGCUUUGUUCAAACUGAACGGACUCACAUUCACAGACAUUCCUGACUCCUGAUCGACAAGCAUUGAUCCAUCCUGAGACGCUUGUGGUUCCUAUCUCCGAGGAAACCACUUUUAAUCUGCAUUGAACUGUUUCACUGGGACUCAGUCACCGACAACAGGCCGUGACGUCAACGAGGUUCUAUCUUCACUGGCUGGCUCACCAGAUCCAGUUCAUCUCACCGUUGUUUUAUAUGAGACUGGGGCUCUAAUGUUCCACACAGAAACUCACAAUGGGUUUUUUAUGCAGAUGUUCUUUUGUUUACAAAGACAAACUGGUGAUAUUUUAACAAUGUACGGUUCUGCUAGAUUUCCAUGGCACCUACACAGCAAUGUGUCUAAACUGCUCCUCAGAAUGAACAUUGUUUUACUGUGUUGAACUUGUGGUUAACUAUUAAGGACUUUCUUCAAACUGUGACCCAAAGGGAGACCUGAUCCCCAUCCACCUCCAAUCAAACAUAGUAACAAAGUGCUCAGCCAAUAAGCAUUACCUCAACAAGGGGCUCAACCAAUCACAGGUUAACGGCUGGAAUGGGGUUGCCGGAUGUGCUUUCUACUCCUGAGUAGCCUGAGUGGUACAGUAGCAGUUCUUGUCUGGCCAAAGUGAACGGAGGUAAAAUGCACAUCACUGACCAUUUGGGCUACCCUGGUUUGCUAAAGAAAGACGCCGGCAGUGUCUGUGUCCAGCAAUGUAGCUUUCCUACAGUAUCAGCCUGUGCAUCUUGCUGUGCUCAUGACCUGUACUACAUUUUACACUUACAUUUCACUGACGACUAAUUUGCUGUGGAACAAAACUUAAACUUUUAACUCCUAGAAAGAUAUCCCCGGAAAAAACCCUCAACUUGUGUGAGCAGUAGAUAGUGUUGUAUACACAGCCAUUGAAAACAGACAACACUCUUAUCACGUCAACAUCAUUAUGUAUGCUAUAUCUAUAAUAAUAUGCUGUAGUGUCUGUUACAGAGCGAAACGCUUGUUAAUUGCCCUCUAUGACCUUUGCCUCAAUGCAACUUAUUUGGGUCUGCUGUAAAAUAUGUACUCCUACACAACUGGCAACCUUUCUUUUUUUUGUCUAUUUGCUGUGGCUUGUGUGUAAAUAAGGAUGCUGAUUUUCAAGAUUGUGUUUCAACGUAUUAUCACCGCAUAAAAGUGGGUCGAGUGUUGAUGAGUGUCUACCCUCUGCUUUGUCCUUCCUCAACCCCACCCACUGACCUGUCUUGAACAGAUAGAUAACAUGAUAGAAAACCGCUGUCAAAUCCGCCCUCAGUUUGGGUCUCGUGUGUGCAGGUGAAGGAAAGUGGGACAUUUUGUACUUUUUUGAUACUGCAAAGCUGCAAGUCUGCUAAGAGGUCAAUAAAACACAAGGGAGCCUUAUGAAAUGAGACCUAAAUAAAACAGUGAU